AUGGCCGAGGGAUCACAACCUGGUGGAACCAUUGCAAAUAUGGAUUCAACUCAGGCUGAAGUUGUACCUGCUGUUAUACCUGUUGCUGCUGAAGUUGAAAAUGUCCCCGUUCCCCCUCAAAAUGCAAAUACUGGUGAGAAGCGCAAGGGCGGGACGGCUGGAAAAGUGUUCUCUAAGUGGUGGGAACACUACAACAAAUUAACUGUUGGCGACCAGCUCAAAGCCGAGUGCAAAUACUGCAAGAAGAAGCUUCUUGGAGACCCGAAGCAAGGAACAAAUCAUCUGAAAAAUCAUCAUGAAAGGUGUCCUAAAGUGCCUCGGCCUGCCGAUAUUCGACAACAAGUUCUGCAAGGCAAUCUGACCAAGGAAAAGUUUCAGCUGACGCCUUUUAAUUUCAAUCAAGAGGCUUCUCGAAAAGAGCUGGCUAAAGCUAUAAUCAAGCAUGAAUACCCUCUGACGAUAGUAGAUCAUGAAGGUUUCAGGAGCUUUUGCACUAGUCUUAACCCAUGUUUCAAGAUGGUGACCAGAAACACAAUCAAGAAAGAUUGUUUUGUCAUAUAUGAUCUUGAGAAGCAAGCUAUAAUGAAGCUGCUGGAGAGGAAUGAAGGUCGUGUUGCAAUAACUACAGACAUGUGGACAUCUUCACAGAAGAAGGGAUUCAUGGCAAUCACAGCACAUUAUGUCAACAACAACUGGAGUUUGGAAAGUCGAAUUAUCAGGUUCAUUUAUGUCCCCUCCCCCCACACGAGUGAAGUUCUUUGUGAUGUUUUGCUGCAAUGCUUACUGGAUUGGAAUCUCGACUAUAAGUUAUCAGCAAUUACUGCGAUAACUGCUCUACAAAUGAUGCGAUGA